GUUGUAAUAAAAUUUGUCUUAAUUGUCAAAUAAUCUGAGCUCACAAAAAAUUAAAACCCUAUUAAAAUGAAGUUUGGCCAAACUCUAGAUACUCUUAUGGUACCCGAAUGGCGUCAGCAGUAUAUGAACUACAAUGAGCUUAAGAAUAUGAUACUGAAUGCCGUGGACAAAGCUCCGAAUAGAAGCUCCGCCAAUAACGCUUACUACAGGGACUUCGAGAUACUGUUCUUUGCCACCUGCAAAGUGGAGUUAACCAAGGUGAAUGACUUUUUUGUCCACAAACAGGCGGAGGCGCAUCGCAAAUUGGCCACUCUCAAUUUCCAGCUAACACUCAUGGGCCGUCAUCGCACCCAACAGGAUCCUCGAGGAUCGAUAUCAUCCAGGGCAUCCACCUCCUCGAGGAGCCUUCAUGACAACCGCAAGAAGCCGCCGCUUAACAAACUCCGACUGGCCAUGAGCGAGUUUUAUCUGAGCCUCAUUAUGCUGCAGAAUUACCAAACUUUGAAUAUGACAGCCUUUCGUAAAAUCUGCAAGAAGUACGAUAAGAACCUAAAGUCAGAGGCUGGUUCAGGAUGGUACGAGCGAUUUAUUAUGAGGGCUAGCUUUGCCAUGACCACGCAGUUGGAUCGAAUGAUUGGAACCACGGAGGAUCUGUAUACGGAAUACUUGGCCGGUGGAGAUCGGUCAAAGGCAAUGGCCAAGCUGCGAGUUCCCCCUUUGGGCCAGCCCACUCCUCCGAUUCAUGUUUUCUGUGCAGGCCUAUUUCUGGGCCUCUUUUUGGUGGCCGCUAUAAUUUGUGUGAUCUCGUAUUACUGCCUAGAGAUGAGUCCAGAAUUCCGUUACGUGUUUGUCAGCCUCUUUAGAGGACCCAUCUCGGGUGUAACGUUUGGUUUCUGCCUGGCUAUUAAUAUAAAAGUUUUUGAGAAGAAGGGGAUUGACCAUGUCUUGAUCUUCGAGGCGGAGCGAAGAAAUGCCAUUGGUGCCAUGCGAGCCUUGGAAAUAGUCAGUUUCUUUGGAUACCUGUGCACUCUGAGCGUUUUGCUGUACUUGCUCCACAAAGAGUUCUAUAUAAGUGAUCCGCAUUACAUACCGCUGGUUCAGUUGGCCAUUGUUAUUAUACUGUUCCUAAACCCCAUACCAAUUUUUUUCUACUCAGCCAGGAUUUGGUUUCUGGCCAUUGUGGGUCGCAUCCUUUUGGCCCCCUUUUUCUUUGUGAACUUUGUGGACUUUUGGGUGGCGGAUCAGUGGACCUCUUUGGUAGUUGGAAUUGUGGAUCACUAUUACCUAAUAAGGUUCUAUGUGCGAUAUUUCCUGGAUUGGCCAGAUGCCUUUGAAUUUGAGCCCGACUAUGCGGUGCCUGUCAUUCGAUGUCUGCCGGCUUGGUUCCGAUUUUGCCAGAGUCUUCGGCGAUUUAGAGACAGUGGAUCAAAGUCCACGGACUAUCUGAUCAAUGCCUUGAAGUACUUUCUGUUUGUAGCGGAGGUGGUAUUUUCCACAAUUCAAACGGAAACAAAUGCCAACUACAGUAAUCUUUUUGAGAAUCCCUGGACUUGGACCUUUAUAACGAUAUGCAUUAUUUCCUCAAUAUAUUCUCUGCUUUGGGAUUUGCUAAUGGACUUUGGUUUGCUUAGAGUGUGGAAGGGUGAGAACCUCUUUCUCCGCGAAAAUCUGGUUUAUCCCAAGUGGUUCUAUUACUUUGUGAUUGUGGAAAAUUCACUGCUGCGAUUCGUUUGGGUUUUGGAGUUUGUCUUGGUCUAUCAGGAAGUAAUUGCCCCACAUAAUGGCAAAACGAUUAUCAGUUUUAGCGAAAUAAUGAGACGUUUUAUGUGGAAUUUUAUGCGACUUGAGAAUGAGCAUUUGUAUAAUUGUGGACAAUUCAGAGCCACAAGGGAUAUAUUCAUAACAAGAUUGAAUCCACAAGAGGAAAGGUUCUUGGAGAGUAUAAUGGACGACUCUGAAAACUUUGGAAGGGAAAAUCUAGACAAAAAGUAUUUUUAA